UUGUCGUGAGACCACUUGCUUGUGCCGGCCGGGUUCUGCGGUCCGGCCGCUGGGGGACAGAGGCAGGGCGCACGCGGGGACCCAGCCCAGCACGAAGCCCGCCGGCGGGCUCAUGACCGGAGCCGCGAUGGCCGAGCCCAGCCGCGGGCUGCCCGCGGCGCCCAGCACCGAGGGACUGCCGCGCGCCUUCCUGCAGAGCCUGCGCACCCUCUUCGAUAUCCUGGACGACCGACGGCGCGGCUACGUGCACCUGCGCGAGAUCGAGUCCCGCUGGCAGGACGCGGACGCGAGCGAGCUUCCCCGCGGUGUGCUCGAGGGCCUGCGCCAGGUGGCUCCAGCCAGCGGCUACCUGACCUUCGAGCGCUUCGUGAGCGGCCUGCGCACCUCGUUGCUGAGCGCAGACGGCGGCCCGCGGGGUCCGGCGCGCGCCCCGGCCCGGGCAGGCGGCCCGACGCGGACAGGGAGCCAGCCGCCGCCGCCGCCGCCGCCACAGCGCCUGGUGUUCGCUCCGGCAGACGAGCCGCGGACGGUUCUGGAGAGAAAACCCUUGCCACUGGGCGCGCGCCCUCCGGCGGCCGGCCCCGGUGGCGCGGCCCGGAGCUUAGAGAAGCUGUGCGGCCCCGCGGAGGCGGCGCCCGGCCUCGCGGAGCCCGAGCGGCCGCAGGGAGCGGCGCUGGAGCGGAGCCCGAGCGCGGACUCUGGUGCAGUGGCCUGCAGGGCCUGGGAGCUAGGUGUGGGGAAUGCCCGGCGGGCCCCCCGUGCCCGAGGGGAACGGCGGAGGCACACCAUCACCAAUGGCGUGGACUGUGACCUGCUGGAGCAGGUGACACAGCUGGAGCAGGAGCAGGAGGUGCUGCUGCAGGGCCUGCGGGUGAUGACGAGGGGCCGCGACUGGUGCCUGCAGCAGCUGCAGCAUGUGCAGGAGCGCCAGCGGCUGGGCCAGAGCAAGACCAGCGCUGACUUUGGGGCUGAGGGGAGCCCCCCUGCACUGGGGCGACUGCUGCCCAAGGUACAGGAGGUGGCCCGGUGCCUGGGUGAGCUGCUGGCUGCGGCCUGUGCCGGCAGGGCUCUGCCCUCAUCCUCCUCAGGGCCCCUGGGCCCCACCCUGGACCCCAGCUGGCAGCAGCAGACCAUUCUUAUGCUGAAAGAGCAGAACCGGCUUCUCACCCAGGAGGUGACCGACAAGAGUGAACGGAUCACGCAGCUGGAGCAGGAGAAAUCUGCCCUCAUCAAGCAGCUGUUUGAGGCCCGUGCUCUCAGCCAGCAGGACACCGGGCCUCUGGACUCCACCUUCAUCUAGCUGGCCCCAGGCACGGACAUGGGCCUCUCAGCCUGGCCUGGCGCCGGCCCUGGGUGGGCACCCCCUUGAUUUCCACCUCCCCUGCUGAAAGCCACCUGGCUGGCCUGAACAUAGCCCUCCCUCCUCUCAAUUGGUCUCCCCCAGAUUCCUCCAGACCCGGGUGGAACUGGCAGGCGGGCUGCCUCCCUCAGGAUGUCCUUUCAUCCUGGCCGGGGGCAGUGGGGGACCAACCUGGGGCAUGGCUCCGUUGUGCAGGCACAGCUUGAAGCUGCUGCUGCCACAGUCAGCAGACAAUGGAGGACCCGCCAUGUUUACCAGAUCUCGGGCUCUCCUGGGCUUGUGGCACAGCUGGCAGGUCGCCUCUCCCACCUGGCGUCUCCAGUCAACAGUGCUGGUCACACCAGGCUGCACUUCCAGUCGCGGCCAGCAGAGGGCGUCGCGUGCGCGCUGAUCAUGGGCCCUGGAGCCCCCACGGUGGCGUCUCAGAUGGGGCUGGGAGUAGGGGGUCCCUGGGUGUGCCGGGAUACCUGAGCCCUGCAGGUGAUUGAGCCUAGGGGGUCAAGGACAUCUUCCCUCAACCCAUGGCGCCAAGGCUAGAGGGCUGUUCACCAAGAGCAGAUGGAGGGGAUGGGGAUGGCUUCAAGGGGGGCUAUCUACCUGUGCCUUGUUCCAGGGGGGCCCCAGGGGAUGCUGGUCAGGGUGCACACCUGGACCAAGGCUGAAGGUUCCUGGAGUGGGGCUGGGAGGACGGCUUGCUUGUGCCCUCCACAGACUUCAGAUCCUAAACCAACUGGGGUUAGCCGUCAUCCCUCCUGGCCAAGACUCACCCCAGACUGAGCCCCACAGAGCAAUCUGAGACCCAGGCUCAGGACCUUGGGCCCACCAGGCAAUCUGGCCAGGGCAGGCUCUGGUCACCGGUGUGGCUCAGGUGGGUGUCAGCCUGGGCCUCCCAGAUAUGCCCAAGGUGCCUUGUGAGCUGAGUCCACUGUGUAGGUCCCCCAGGUGUAGGGACCUGUCACUCUCUCCAUCCCCUACCCCAGCUUCGCCCCAGAUCUGGGCUGGGAGAGAAUACUUCUGCUCCGAAAAUGGCAACUGCAGGAAUCAGGAAGAGAUGGGUGUGUGUGUGGGUCCCCAUUGGGGAUCACUGCCCCCACCCCUGCCAGGCCAGACCUGCUAACAGGUGCCUUGACCCCAAGAGGGGCCCGGUGCCUUCUCCAUGGAGACUUGCACCCUGAGGAUGCAAUGACAUAGGUGGGUUGUGCAGUAGAGGGCUCCAAAUGUGGGGUGUGGGCGUGUAUGGAGCACAGGGACCCCCAUACCUGGAGACGUUGAGUGCACAGCCUCUGGGGACCCCGGAGAGCACCCCAGCCACAGAAGAGGGGUCCUGGGUGCAGGUUAGCUGCUUCCUCCCAGCCCCAGCUCUGUGCUAACCCGCCAGCAUCAACUUGGACAGAACCACACCUUUCA